AUGUUCAAGAGCCGAGGUGAUAUUGUUUAUAAAUGUACUGUGAGACUUUUAGAGGAUACUGAGAUAUUAGAAUGUGAAUUUCACCCAAGUUAUAAAGGAAAAUAUUUGCUCGACCAUGUAUGCUCUCAACUAAAUCUCACAGAGACAGACUACUUUGGGCUGCGUUAUGUGGACGCUGGGGGUCAAAGACACUGGUUGCACAUGGCAAAGUUGAUACUCAAACAAGUAAAAGAUGCGUCACCAAUACUAUUCAGUUUCCGAGUCAAGUUUUACCCGCCGAAUCCAUUGCUCCUGAAGGAGGACGUGACUAGGUUCCAGGUCUACUUGCAGUUGAAACGGGACUUGCUCCACGGACGAUUGUAUUGCACGGCAAAUGAAGCAGCUAUGCUAGGAGCACUUAUUAUACAGAUUGAGCUCGGCGACUACGAUCCGAACAUACAUGUGGGAAAUUAUGUAUCUGAAAUGAGAUUACUGUUAAGGCAAACGGAUUCAAUUGAAGCUAGAAUACAGGAAAUACACAGAGAACCGGUUGAGGGUACGCCGGGUGGCAGUGGCGGUGUUAAAGGCAUGUCCACACAGGAGGCUGAGAGGCAGUUCCUAAAAAUUGCAUGCCAGCUGGAUACGUAUGGCAUUGAUCCACAUCCUGUUAAGGACCAUAGAGGCAAUCAAUUAUACCUAGGAAUCAACCACGGAGGUAUAAUGACGUUCCAAGGAGGUCGCAAGACGCAUCACUUCAAGUGGUCCGAGGUCCACAAGAUCAACUUCGAAGGGCGCAUGUUUAUUGUGCACCUUAAUUACCCUGAGAAAAAGCACACAGUGGGCUUCAAGUGCCCGAGUGGCGCGUCCUGCCGCCAUGUGUGGUGUUGUGCUAUCGAACAAAUGCUAUUCUUUACAUUGGCAUCGUCGUCAGACGCGUGUGUGUAUUCCGGCGGCGGAUUAUUCUCAUGGGGCACCAAGUUCAAGUACGUGGGUCGCACCGAGAGGGAAAUUCUCGAACGAGACGGGCUGCUCGCGCCUAGGGAUCAUCAGGACGAGGGUUCUAGUACGAGUGGCGGCAAAAGGAAAGCGUCAAGUGUUCCUGCAACACCGUCGACUCCUAUGACUGGAGAUUUUGGGUACAGCAGCUUGCCGCGUUCGACACACAGUGCUCCUUUGGAAGAGAGCGCGUCGGUUUCGGCCAGCGAGGCCUGCAACGGAGGCUGCCUGUUGGCCGGGCCGGCGGUGGACAUCGCACUGGCGGCAUCGGCCUCGGCCCUCGGCGACGACAAGCCCGGUCAGUGCGCCUGCCAUAUUGCCGAAACUAGAAUAGUCAAUUGCGAUGCAGCGCUGGCCUCGGACUACAACCCGCGCGAUUCCUUCGAGCACUCCUCCACGGAGUCGGCGGCUACGUCGCACACGCACAUCACGCACACGGGACCCCCGACGGCUGCGGGAGGGGGCUCUAGCAACGAGGAAUGGAGAGCACCCCCCGCGCCUGUCCCUCCCGCCUUACAACCCCCACCGAGACCCUUCAGCCUCCUCCGCGCGUUCGUACCUUCUUUCGUCUUCGUAUGGAUCUCCCUCGCGGUCUUAACUCUUCUGGUGUUCGAGACCGACUGGGCUCCGCUUCGGCCGCUCAAACGUAAGCCCGAGCUGGUCUCCCUCCGUCAUCACUACUACGCGCCUUUGAAGGAAUACCUGCGGAAGAAGGUCAUCGAACUCUUCUGAUUCCCGCCCGCCGUUAUUUUAGUGGCGUGUUAUAGUUAGAGCGGUAUGGAACAAAACGCAGUGAGAAACUAGACAUUUUCCCUUUUACAAGUUAUAUGACUUAGAUUGUGCAGACUUUCUUGAAAUAAUCUUUCACUAUUUGCGGCGACGUACUUUUGCUCUACUUUCUUAGCUGCGUGCGUUUCUAUGGGUAAUAUAGUAAUGACAUAAAAGAAAUUAUUCACUGGCAAAUAUGUUGGCCGACAGACAGAGAUUCUAUAAGUCAAGUUAGAAAUCAAGAGAAUAUAAUCAUAUACAUUUAUUGUAGUAAACUAAUUAAGUACCUAAUCCGUUGGCGUUGGCAUAUCUAUGCCUGUCAUUCGGCCAACAAGUUCGCAAGUCAAUGCACCCCUUUAAAUUCCAAAUUAAUGGAGCUUUUGCGUUAAUUCGAGACCGGUUCUCGAAUAUGAAAUCCGAAGUGUCAAAUUUUGUGAGACACAUUAGUGUAGUUGGUAAAUAAUUGACCAGAACAUAGUGUAGGCUUAUUUUUGAAUCGUUCGUUGAUAAGAGGAAUUGUACAAUAAUAUUCAUCCACUAGGAUAGGCACUGCUACGCUUUGAAAUAGUACAAUUUAUUUAUAAGCUUUAGCACUCGUGUAAUUCGCGCACAAACUUGUGAUAGUUUACUUAUUUUAGUGUAUUGUUAAAAUUGUGGAGUGAUUUUUGAAACUAGGCACCUACAGUGAGUAAGUUGAAUGCCAUUGGGACUUACAGCGGGACAUUCACUGUCAGACAUAUUGACCGACAGAAAUGGGAGAGGUGUGAAUUCUUACAGAAGUAUA